AUGGCUGCCGCUUUGAUUGGACAGGCUUUUAUCUCCGCUUCCAUCCAGGUGCUAUGUGAGCGCAUUGCUUCAACCGACGUCGGUGACUUGUUCCGGCAGAAGAAGCUGGAUGAACCACUCCUCAUGAAACUGAAGAUGACGCUGCUCACCAUUUGUGCAGUCCUUAAUGAUGCGGAAGAGAAGCAAAUUUUGAACCCUGUUGUGAGAGAAUGGCUUGACGAGCUCAAGCACGCUGUCUUUGACGCGGAGGACUUACUGGAUGAGAUCGACACUGAAUCUUUGCGAUGCAAGGUGGAAUGUGAAGGUCAAACCGAGAAAUUAACCAAAAAGGUGUGUAACUUCUUCCCUACUUCUCGUAGUCAUUUUUAUCAAAGCAUGAAUGUUGAGAUACAAGGGUUAUUGCAAAGGCUGGAUGACUUUGUGCAACAGAAAGUUGCCCUUGGUCUUACAGAAGUUGUUGGGAGGAAGGUUUCACAAAGAACUCCAACAACUUCCUUGAUCCAUGAACCUUUGGUAUAUGGAAGACGCAAGGAUAAAGAAAAUUUAUCAAAAGUCUUGUUCUCUGAUGAUGCAAGCGAGGAUAAUGUAUCUAUCAUCACCGUUGUUGGUAUGGGCGGGGUUGGCAAGACGACCCUUGCUCGAGUCCUUUACAAUGAUGAUAAGAUUUGA